AUGGAGCAGCCCUUCUCGACAUCCAAGGUGACUGUCGAGUACCACGAUCCGCAUGGCCUCUAUCGACUGAUCGCCCCAGGGCUGCUCGCUCGGCUGCCCCUGAGACACCUGCACUGGCAGUCGCACUCGGGGCCGCUGCGGUCCAUCGACACCCUGCACGUCGAGCUGGUGCCGGCCGAGUCGAAUCCUACCGUCACAGGACCGGCAGCAGCUACUGCGCAGAUUCAACCCGGCCCCAGUGGUACCACGGAUGCGUCGACGGCCGACGACGGCUUCCAGACCGCAACCGUCGGGGGCCGUCAAGGCUCGCUCGAGUCGACAACGACAACCACCUCGAAUGCUCCCUCGUCCUCCACUCCACGCCCGCCCGAGCGACGCCAUCAGAUCCCCGGCUUGCGCCGCACACCGUACCUCAAGCUGCUGCUCGUGCGCUGCGACGACACCGACACCUACAAAUCACAGACGCGCUCCGAAAUCCGCGAUUGGGUCAAGAAGAACACCAGCCCUGCCUCGUCCGGCAGCAGCAACCGCAAGGCAAGCAUCGCGCCUCUCGAAAACCACGAUGCCUUUGACUGGAUGAUUGUGCACGUCGUGCUGCCCAACUCGCCCGCCUACAAUCAGCCCCGCACCAGCAAAGCCAGCAGCGGCGGCGACGGCACGGGCAGUGACAGCGCAACCACCAAGACCACGUCCCGCUGGGGCAAAAACUCGUCGACGCUGUUGGAACGGCUACGGUCUGACUUCAACACGGCCGCCGACUCGAAGAGCACCAGCAGCGGCGGGGCUCCGGCAUCGUCAGCUACCAUCGAUCGUGUCUCCCAGAUCCGCGUUGGCGUCGACGAUGUGCCCUACGAGCUCCUCCCGCGUGUACAGUCCACUGGCAGCGGCACCACCCCCCCUACUGGAGGCUACGUCGAGUCUGAGCGCGAGGCACAGGCAGCCUGGGCCGACGUUGUGGGCAAGCUGAAGAGCCGCAUCCUCGCAAGCUUCGACGUGCGUGUGUCGCAGUACGAAGACGAUAUCCGCGAAAAAGAUGUGCAGCGGACCCUGCCAGGCUGGAAUUUUUGUACCUUCUUCAUCCUCAAGGAAGGCUUGGCUCGCGGCUUUGAGAGCGUCGGCCUCGUCGAUGAUGCACUGGUCGGCUACGAUGAGUUGAGCGUCGGCUUGGACACUGUUAUACAGGAGCAGCAUGCAUUGACGGCGAGCACUCUCCUCAGCUUCACAGACGACCUCAAGAGUGCAGCUCUCAAAGCAAUCCGUGGGGAUGACGCAGACGAGCCUGUCAAUCUUCAAGCAGCGGACUCUGCCACCCUAGCCAUACCCAUCAGCGCCACCAAAAAGCCCUACCGCGACCUCAUCCUCGCCAACAAUGUAUCUGUCUUUGACUUCCGCUGCUACAUUUUCGCGCGCCAGAUUGCCCUACUGCUGCGCCUCGGCAAUGCGUGGGUCACGCGUGAGGAGCUUCUCACCAAGCUGCAGGAACAGCAGGAGGCCACCAUGCACUUCACUCCGGCCGCCGCCGCAACUCACGUCGCAUCCUCGUCCUCUUCGUCGCGCAGCGACCCCGAAAACCUGCCCAUGCUGGCCGAAAUCUGCCGCCGCACUCUUGAGUUUGUGCCGGCCGUGUCACAGGUCAUGCGCGAAGACCUACUUUUUUCGCUAGCCAGCGAGGCCGAGCCUCUCCUCCCAUCAUCACGGCAAGUCAUAGACAACAUGGUGGCCUCGUUCGCCUUUUCUAUUGCCCAGCAGAUCCUGGCGCAGACGUCCACAACCGCACUUCCCAUUCCUCCGUCUUCCAUGUCUCUCGCCUCCGACAAUGGCCAGGAGCCCAAAGUAUCCAUUCCGGAGCCGAAGACAAUGAUGCACCCGGCGCGUAUCUUCCCCGGUCCGGGCCAAACUCAGCCGGCAGCUCAUGAUGUAGAGGAAACACGCUUCCUCAAGGCUGGUCUGGAGGACCUGGCCGCGCGUCGCGCAGACCUCUACAUGCUGGCGCGCAACAUUCUGCAGAAGAUCGGCGAGAAGCGUGGUUGGUCGGACGGCUGGUCGACCGCGCCCAUCCUGUCAGAGUUAGUCAACAACCACGACCGCUUGGAAGAGGUCAGUCUCGAUGACGACACUAACUCGGGCGCGCCUGUCUCUUCGUCUCGUUCGCCACCCUCGCCCACAUCUCCUCCCUCAUCCAACGUUGUUGCAGGCGUUGAUGAUCUGCUCUUGCGCACUGCAGUCGAAUCCGACACCAACUUCUUCCGCAUGUACGAGGUUCUCACCGACAAGGCCCUGCGCCACUAUACAAUCGCCGGCCACACACAUGCUGUUAACGCAAACUUCGCCGACUUGGCCGUCCUCAAGUAUCACCUCGCUGACUACUCUGCCGCCGCUGCAAACUUCUAUGAGACUACCACCUUCUUUGGCGAGAAUAGCUGGAACUUGCUCGAAUUGUCCAUGCUCCUUAUGUAUGCGCGUUGCCUCAAAGAGUUGGGCCACAAUGACGAGUAUGCAUGGCGUCUGCUAAAGUUUCUGGUCAAAGCUGCCGAAGCAGAACGCCAGCGUCUUGAGGAACGGGCAUCGUUUGGGCGCGUGAAGCAGCUCACAGAGAAGAACCAGGAGACGAAGCAACCGCCUAUCUCUGCGGUCCAGGGCUGCCUUGCGGACCUCCUCUCCGCAUCUACAUCUGUGUCUGGCGAGAUGCGUGUUCCAUUGACCAACUUCUUCUGCGUAGUUGCCGUUGAUGGUCCACCCUUUUUCGCCGAUCGUGAAGACAGCUUUUCCGUAACUCUGCGCCUAGACAGUCUCUUGGUUGACAACCUGCCAGUCGAUUCAGUCAGGGUUCGCUUAACGCAGACCUCAAGUCGUGGCCAGGCCCGCGAGAUUUGGCUGGAGACCACAGAUGUCUGCACUCUCACCCCAGGCACGAGUCGCGUCCAGCUCCACAGUCGCACUAUUGUUCCCGGCAUCUACACCAUCGACCAAAUACGCAUUGUCAGCAAAAACCUCGUCUUAUUCCACGACCAUGACGAGACCCACACAGUGCAACGGCUGUCGAAUGUCGGGGCCACCACAGCGUCUGCAUCUUCCGCAUCCACCUCCUCCAACACCAAGAACAUCCUCGCUGAGCCACACCUUGUCCUCUACCAGCGGGCCGAUGCCCUUGACGUACAACUGUCCACAUCCAAAGAUCUGCAGCUCGACAAGAACAACUUCCUUGAACUGGCCCUCAUCACUGGCUGGAACGACAUCCAGCACUGCGAAAUGCACAUUCGGGCGGCGACAGGCGGUUUGCGGCUGAUCACCACCGAAGCCAAGGUGCUCGGAUCUACCGGCCACACGUUUGCCAAACCCGUCGAGGGCGGUAUUGUCUCCUUUGACGACGUCCCCGCAGGCACAUCACUGGCCAUCUCGUUCCCCUUUUCUAUCGAGCAGGAUGUACUAGAGUUGUGCCUUAAGGUGGAUGUCACCUACACGACAACCAGAGGCACGACGUUUCAUUUCUCCAAAGUGCCCUCCGUCAGUACUUCUCUGGCCCUGGGUGUUAACGUGCAGGACGUCUUCAAGCACGAUGCGCUCUUCUCGCGUUUUACCGUAUCGACUGCGACGGCCAGCCCCCUGCGCGUUUUCCGCAGCGAGCUCCUCGAAUCGGACUUGUUCACCGCGCAGCUGGGCACGGAUGCCUUGGAAGACGGCAGUGUGGACCACAGCACCAGCCUGCCCGUUGUCUUCCCAAAGCAGCCGGUCAGUUUGUUGUACAAGAUUGUGCGUAAGCCAGGCUCCGGGCCGCUCAACGCGCCUCCCAGCAAAGACACAAAGCGUACCAUGUACAUCAAACUCCACUACAGCGUGUUCCAGGACCAGCUCGACGCCGCCCUCGAAGCAUCCGUCUGUGACGCGUUUCGGAAGACGACUACGCUAGCGCAGUAUGCUAAACUCGCUUCUUCCUGCGUGCUACGGCAUCUACACGCAUCCUUGUCUCCGUACGAUCUCGAAAAGAUUGCCUUGCUGAACGAAAUGACCACGUCCGUGUUGGCACAUGUCAACUGGGCCCGCGAGUUCCCAGGCCUGGGCCCAAGUAGCACCGACCCGACGAAGUCGAAGGCGGAUGAUCUAGCGGCCGUAAUCUACGACUGGCAGAAGCAACAUGCUGUCCUCGCCAUCCCACCAGCCGAUCCUGCGUCAUCAAGCAAUAUCCGCACCAUUCUUAUUCCCGUUGAUAUUCCCAGCAUCACCAUUGUACACACGGCCGACAUCCAGCUGCAAGGACCCUUUGGCACCGCGGUGGCAGCCGACCGCUUUGUGUCUAAUGACAGUGACGAGGACGAGGACGGAGGUGGUGACGACGAUAGCUCCAUCAGCUUGCCCAUCUUUUGCGUGAAUCAGCUCCUGCCGGCUACACUGCAUCUUCGGUGGACACGCAUCUGGGACACGGGUGACGCGGACGCCUCGCCAGAUUCUUCGGUGCCAGCCUCUUCGCUUCUUGAUGACCUUGAGUUUAGUUUUGAGGUCUCGGCCCCUACGGACGCCUGGCUUAUUGGUGGUCGCCGCAAGGGCCACUUUGUCAUCCCAGCGCCCGAUGCAGAUGGCAGCACCAUCGGUCUUAGCUCUACGCCCGCCCUCGAAGCUGCCAUCCCCCUCAUGCUCAUCCCGCUGCGCGAGGGCCGUCUGCCUUACCCGAGCGUCGAGAUCCGGCAAAUCAUGUCUGAUUCAACAACAACUGGCGGCCACCAUGCCGAGCCGUCCCUCAACGGUCAUCCGCACGAACCCUUGGCCGGCCACCACCACUGUGAGACCGACUAUCGCAACCUAGGCGAGACUGUUCAUGUCGUGGCGGACCGGACGCGGUUGACCCUAAGCUUAGAUGCGAGUGGACCGGGAGGUGGGCCACUGGUCCUGGAGAGUGAGCGAGCUCGAGGCAUCGGGCGGGUUGUUGUCUAA